AUGUCUUCCAAACCGAAGGAGGGCCAGUCCUCCGGUGGCUUUCACCAAGACUACAUAGCUUCCUUACGCUAUCGCAAUGAUCUUCCCCCUCCUGAUAUGCCUCCCAAACUUCUCGAUAUUCCCCAUGAAGGGCUUAGUCGCUUUCUCACCCCCGGCUUUGCCUCCAACCUCGCGCGUCGUGAGGAGCCUAACAUCGACGUGGAUGCUGAAGGUGGCAUGCCCAUUGACUUGGUCGGAAUUCCGGGCUUGCACCUUGGCGAUGAAAGUGCCAUUAUGACACCCGAAUACCCGCAACGUCUUGAUCCUGCCGACCUUUCACUUCUGAUGACUCUUGACCAACUCCGCAAUCCCGCUCCCAAAAAUACCAACGUUAGUUUCCUCCGCAGAACUCAACACAUCUCCGUUGAUCGCGCCGCUACCACCGCAUCAGCCGGUGCAACUCCCACUGGUGCUCAGAGUCGAACUCCCAGAAAGUCAAAGCUCGCACUCGACGACCCUAAGCACAUCAAGAAAUUCCUUGUGAAAGGCUUCGACAUCGCUUACCCUGAGAGUAAGCAUACUGGCGAGGAGACGGAAAGCCAUGUCCGCGGCCUUCCCGCUACGAAGGCUGAAAUCGACGCCUGGGCUCAUCCCGUUCACCCUGAUAACCCGAAGCUGAAACCUGUUGGUUUCUUCCCUGUGUUGCCUGACCUUGAGGGCUUCACGGAUCUUGGUGGCCUGGUCCAAUUCAAGUUUGACAAGGCGCCAGUAACGGCUAUUGGUGGUAAACGAGACAAGCGCAUGGACACUGCUCUCCUGCAUCCAUCUGCUCCCGAGGAGCGCGUAUGUGAGGCCCAUGCCAAUAAGGCCGCGCUUCACAAGGCCAACCCAGAGGCCUACGCUGACCCUGGCCCCGUUCCUUGGAACUAUGACAUUUUCCUUGCAGAUAAGGCAGAGAAUGCGAAAAACAUCCGUGCCAGUAUGGAUAUCAAGAACCCAGACCGCAAUAAGGAAAGCCUUUAUUCGCACGAGAGCGCUGAGGGUAACAAGUUCCACCGCUACGAUCGGCUGCGUACUUACGCAACCAGUGCUCAAGCUCUCAACACAGAUCAGGCUCAGAGGGACCUCGCUGUGACUCUCUUCCAGCCAACUGAAAGUGAAGACAAGCAACUGGCCGCUUACUACUACCCCAUCCUAAGCAAGACCCGCCUCAAGCCAGAGCGGGCUCGCACCAUCGCCCAAGCUGGUUUGGCUCCGACUGCCUCCCAGGUCAAGGAGGACCAAAUCGAUCAGAUGCAAGUUGCUCCCCGAGACCCCGACGAGUCAGAGACCUACAAGCGUGCUCGGCACCGCGCAAACAUCGACCCGGAGUUUGCAAGGUCCCUCCCCUCACCUCCAGAGCCUGCCGAUGCUGCAGAUGAGGAAGGCGCACAGCAUGCCUCCGCCGAUGAGGAUGCCCAUAUGAGUGAUGAGUAA